GUUGACAGUGUGUAUGUACGUUACGUGGAUACAAAGUGUAGCGUGUGUGCGUGGGAGCGUUAACACCUGCGCGCCGGGCCAAGGUGAGGAGAAGCAUGGCAAACCUCGUCAUGUGCUGCGUCGUGUAUAGAGUGUGGACAUUUUUAGCUAAUAGUAUACCCGUCCAGGCGCCCCUCGCAACAGUGGCAAUACAGCGGGAGUGACUUGCCACUGCUUGCUCACCCACCCCACACCCACCUCCAGGCCACUCUCCUCCCGUCCACUCCCUCAUCCCCUUAGCCCGUGAAUCUCUCGUCUCCUCCGUUCCUUCCCUCCUUCCCACCUCUCUUGCUGUUCUCUUCCUGCUUCUCUCACCUCUUUCCUCUUUUAUUUAUCUUUAUCUGGUUCUUUUAUUUUUAUUUUCUUAAUGAUACUGUAAAUUAUAAAAGCUUUCCUCCAUUCCCUUCUCGUCUCUUUCCUUCCCUUCCUCCAACUCUCCUACAACUGAUUUUCCUUUAGUUUCCCAUUCUCUUCUUUCCUUCCCUCCCGUCCCUCCAUCUCCACACCCAACAGCACUCCGUCUCCCGCCUCGCUCAGCUCCACAGCCACAGCCGCCCAGACAGGAUGGCCACCCCACCGCCGGCCACCGCCACGCUGCUCCUGACGAUUCCUUUCAUCCUUUCUCCAUUCCUGGUUGUUCCUCGCCUCUUGGUACGCCCCACGACCGUCUCUGAGUAUCAGGACAUCCAGAAAGAAGUCAGGGAUUUCUUUCUAGCUCAAAACAUCCUGCAGGAGACGUCACCACUUACAGAAGGAAGAGAAGAAGCUGAAGUGAAUUUGAGAGAAGAAAGAAGUGUCGGUCGAGUUUCUCUCUACCGUCAUCUCUCUCCUCUCCCCCGUCAAUCGUCCCUCUACCAUCACCACACCUUCCCCCAAAUCCAUCACGCGGCUCCCACAUCACAGUAUUUCGCAGCACGACCCUCGGCACACUCCUCGGCCGCGUCCCGCCUCCCGCACCACCACGUCAGCCGCCACGCCCUCCACACUACUCACAGGAGACCACAAGAGGGAAAUGGUGACGCCCACGAAGAGCAAGGCGUCCCUCAGGAGGUCCUAAAUCUCCUGCCAAGUGCUGUCAAGGGCGUGUACUCUCACUUCUCCCACGCCCACGCCCACCCCGCCGCCCACCCCGCCGCCCAACCCGCCACAACCACUACGCCACCCGUCGUGUGGUUCCCUGAUCUGAACAAAGAGUGUGAUGAUGGCGGCGGUGGUGGUGACGACGGGUUCAGCACCUUCAGCUUCCUGGCCAUGGUGGUGUCAGUGGUCAACCUCAUCUCGCUGCUCCACUCCACCGCCAACAACAACAAUAACAACAAUAACAACAACGAUGACAACAACAACGUGAACAAUGCCAACAUGCAAGCCGCCAACGAGGACAACAACAACAAUAACCUUGGCAUUCUGACGAUGGUGAUGUUUGGUGGACGCCGCCGCCGCGAUCUGUACUCCUCCUCCCCCUCCCCCUCCUCUUCCUCCAUCUCCUCCUCCUCCUCCUCCUCCUCUCCUGAAGACGUAGCUGCCGCAGUCGGGUUGUUCUUCCUGAAGGCGUGGCUGCAGGUGUUCGGAUUCACCUCCACUUCUGCGUCACUCCACAAUUCCACCACAACGCUCCCGCCCACACCCACACUCCUGGCUCCGGACGACGUGGUGGGACGUGCGGGCGGGUGUGGUAAGUUGCGGGCGUUGUGUGAGGCCAACGAGAGGAGCGCUGCCCUUGGUCAGCUCGGAAAGGACGUGGCGGAGGUGCUGAGCGUCGCCUUCGUGGAUCACUUGCAGGAGGCGACGGUGGAGGUGGAAGAGCGAGGGGGACGGGCGGGGCUGCUCCAGGCUGGCGGGCGAGGGCGUGCCUGCUGCAGGAGUGCCUGCUGUGCCCUUCACUACCCGUGCGAGGAUUCCUAG